CACGAACGGGCCUUUUCCCCCAUAGCUUUUCUCUUCAGUCUUUACAUCAAAAUUUGAUUAAAUAAAAAAUAAAACUGAGAUCCGACUCUGCCUCUUCCCGCACAAAAAUAUGCGCGUUCUUCAAUCUCCGUCUCUGGAAUAGUUGAACAAAACAAGGAAAACCAAAAUCAAAACAAAAAUUCGUAGGCAUGUCGAGGAGGCCAGUGAAUCCCUCUAGACGAUAUGGAGACGCAGGCGGUGGAGCUUCUCUCUUUUCACAAUCCAAAUCUCGCUCUCCUCCUUUCCUCUCCAUUGUUCUCAUUGUCGUGGGCGCAUUGCUUAUUGUUGUGUACUUCCAUCGCGGCUCAGGUGGAUUUGGAGGCAUAAGGGAACCUGUCACUAGAGUUGAAGGUGACUUUUCCUGCACAUAUGAGGUUCAACGGGCAAUCCCCGUUUUGAAGAAAGCAUAUGGUGACAGCAUGCAUAAAGUUUUGCAUGUUGGUCCUGAUACUUGUUCAGUGGUUUCGAAUUUGUUAAAAGAAGACGAAACUGAAGCUUGGGGUGUGGAACCAUAUGACAUUGAGGAUGCUGAUACUAACUGCAAAGGACUGGUGCGUAACGGUGUUGUUCGUGUGUCUGACAUCAAAUUUCCUCUUCCGUACAGGCCAAAAUCAUUCCCUCUUGUAAUUGUUUCGGAUACAUUAGAUUACUUGUCUCCAAGAUAUCUCAACAAGACACUUCCAGAUUUUGCAAGGGUAUCGGCGGAUGGAGUUGUAUUAUUUACAGGUUUCCCAGGUCAGCGGAAAGCUAAAAAUGCAGACGUGUCCAAAUAUGGAAGGGCGGCUAAAUUGAGGAGCUCGUCUUGGUGGGCACGAUUUUUUGUCCAGACUAGCUUAGAAGAAAAUGAAGUUGUCACCAAGAAGUUCAGGCAGGCAGCAGAAAAGAACUCAUACAACCCCAGUUGCCAAAUUUUUCACCUAAGGUCAUACAAUUGAUUUGUUUACAUUGUUUCUUCACAUUAUGGAGUUCCAAUGGUGCAGCUGAUCAUUUAGCUCCUUUCUUAAGCAAAAUGUUCAGUAGGGUAGUUUAAGUUUUGGUAUAAAAUAUUUAUUUUGCUAUCAUUAGCCUACUUUUUGAAUUCCAUCCAGUACAUGAUGUAUUCUUUCAUUGAUCUUACUUUGAAUCAAAGCAUUUCUAGUUCUAGUCUUGUAGCUCCAA